AUGCCUCCGGGUUCCCUUCUCAGACGAAGUAUUCAGUUACCAUACGGAAUUGUAUCCGUGGGGCACGAGGGCAAGCCUGGCGACGACGAGGAGAAACAACCGGGUGCCUCAAACGAACGUGUCGGCGAGUAUACGGAGGUGCUGCGACCCAAAACCAACAGAAGCAUACAGCGUGGAUUCAGUGGCGAGCCGCUACAUAUCGCAAAGCCACGUCGAGCGGGAAAGUUACGCAAGGCUAUGCCAAUAGAGCGCAUACAAAGAUCGCCUCUAUCAGCUAUCACCGAGUUCAGUGACCCUCCCACAAGCGCUCCUCCCGAUGCACGUGAAUUCUCGGCUCAUUCAACGACAAUAUUACUCCCAGAAACCGCUAUGAUUCGGCCGGAAAAGCAUCUUUCGACUCAGUGGCCAUUGGCCAACGCGACCACACGAGGCUCCAGAAGCAUGCCUACUGAAAUUAUGGAAAUAACAGCACGGGAAAGCGUGCUCAUGCGAAGAGGAGGAGGUGGACAUAAUAUUUCGUCGACCUCGCCCGGAAUCCCGUAUUCCACCAGUGCGAUUAGUACGGCCUCAAUGGCGCCAGAUGAUCCCCUCCCUCCCCUGCCUGCAAUCGACGCCUUCAAACGUCCCAAGAAUCAUGACUUGAGGAGAGCAUCUAAUGUCAGUCUCGAGACGAUAGGCAGUUCAGUCUUGGGGCCCUCCAUGAGCUCGCCUGCCGAUAACAGAGAAGCUGGCCAUUCCUAUCUUGCACGGAAUCGGCGGCCUCCCACGUUUGACCUCGCAUUGAAGCGAGACUGCGCAACGCCAGAACUCCAGGCACCGCCGGUCAAGAAGACGAUCCACGGACUGGUCACAGGUGCAAGCAUCCGCUCCCUGCAUCCAACCGUGGUCACCGACGAGGCAAGCCGGGCGAGAGAUCCCAUGGACGUUCCGCGACUGCCACCCGUCGUUGUACGAGAAGAAUCUCUCAAGACCAUCGAUGCCAGUAACUGGACUUUACCGCCCUUGAAGGUCAACAAGAUUCGAGCGCAGUCCGGUCAACCUAAGCGGCACUCCAUGAUUGAACCAUCGAGGCUUGCACAAUGGCGCACAGUAAGUGACCCUGCCACGGGUCUUGUUCCCGAAGACGACGUCUUCGCCAUUGGCGAGGCUUUGAGGCGACCGAACUCAGUGGCCACUGGAAAUCCGUUGGAUUGGAAUCGGCAGACAGGCUCAUUAUCCAAACGCCAUUCUCUGACGUCCCUGACUUGUUCUGACGGACCGAAGCGUGGUCAUAAACGGCAAAACUGCAUCAGAAUCAUGAAUUUGCCUGUCCCUGAGAAAAAGUCCAGUGUGCAACGACUGCCAGAGCUGCGAGAAGAGCUGCCUGUGAAUUCGACGGGCGCAACUCCCAAAGGCGGCCCUUUCGAGGUCAACCAACCUCGACCAAUUUUCAGACCAGGGUCGCCCACGCACAUGGACCUCAAGUCGUCUCCAACGCCAUCUCCUUUCAAGAACGCGCCGAUUCUGACGCCUACGCCUCGUCCAGCUCGGAAACAGUACAUACAGCCUCCGGCGAGCUCGGCAUCGGGACUACGCAGACCUUCGGGGACAGCCAGACCGGACUCGGAGGUCUUCAACUCCAACCACAUGGACGUGCCAAUGUCAAGUCCGUACAACAACACACCUCGCCAUUGGCCGCUUUCGCGCUCCAUGCAGCUUGACGUGAACGACACGCCACCGUCGGCGCGACCAUCAGAGCCACCGCCGUUCGAGUCGCCGAUCUUGCCGUCUCCAGCCUGGAAUUCAUCGUCCUUGUACCCACGGAAGUCGUUGGUCAAGGGACCCCGAAGCCCACGAAACAGUGCGCAAACUAGUACCAGCAGCACCAGCCCUCUUCAAAACAAACAAGGCCACAGGAACCGCGUGGCGAAAAACACCGUGUCGAAUGGUCAAACGGGACUGACUCUAGGGAAGACCGUCAUAAUGUUGAGGAGCAUCAACUCGGAGGCCCGUCUACUCGAGCAACGAAGCUCCAAUGCCGGCGACGAGAAGAGCCCCGAGAUCACUGCUCCGCCCUCUCCGCCCUUGAACAAACGCGUAAUGGGCCUCAGGAACUCGAGUUGUGCUCCAUCCAUAUCGAGUACGCCUCCGUCUCCGCCGCCUCCUCAAGAGAGACAUCAGGUCGUGCUCAGUCGUGGUCCGAGUCCUCUCGCCUACGCGAGCAGUCUGCAGCCAAAUGAAUUGGCCAGAGGCACAAAACCAACCCUGUGUCUUCCAAGGUCGCAUCUCUCCGUCUCCCCUUCAACCAGAGUCACCUCGAUGAUGUCGACUGGCGGCGCCUCAAUUUGGGAAGACGCCAGCGUGCGAGCCGAGUCUCCCGACCCAGAAGAGGAAAGCGAGGCCAUUGCCCCGCUCGCACUGCGCACGCUAGUCAAGACAGACCAGAACCAAAGGUCCUUGGCCUUGUAUCCUUCUCGAUCGUCGUCCAUCCUUACACGGGAUUUCGGCACCCGGGCUGGGACGGAGGUGGGGGUCGAGAACGAGCACGGGAACGCCAUUGAGAAUAUACAGGUGGACACGAGCCAGAAUCUAUAUGCUGACAACAACGCCAGCCACGUGGUGCGACGGCUGGAACGCGUCGUGAGCGGCGGGCAAUGGGACCACAAGCACAUCUCCAAGCAGAGAAGUAUGACGACUCACAGCCAAACAGACAAGGCAGAAGCCGUCACGCCGCGAACAAGACGGGAGAUGGACGUCUUCGACGGGAGGAAAAAGGAAUCGGCCGUCGGGUUGGGACUCACGUUGAGAUUGGAUGAUUUGGUCGUGGGAAGGAAUCGGUUGGCGAGGUCAUAA